AUGGGGUAUAAACAGAGCAAUGCAGAUCACACACUCUUCUUUCGGCACAACAACAAGGAUAAGAUUGCUAUUUUGAUUGUUUAUGUUGAUGAUAUUGUGGUCACAGGAGAUGAUUUUGAGGAGAUAGCUCAUUUGAAGGCACAGCUGGCACAGGCAUUUGAGGUAAAGGAUCUUGGAUAUCUUCGAUAUUUUCUUGGGAUAGAAGUUGCUCGUUCUUCAAAAGAAAUUUUUCUUUCUCAAAGAAAAUAUAUUCCAAAUAUUCUUACAGAAAUCGAUAUGUUGGGAUGUCGACCUAUUGCCACUCCUAUUGAACAAAAUCAUCGACUAGUAGCCGAUAUCGGUGUCCCUAUUGAUCGAGAACGUUAUCAACGAUUGGUAGGACGUUUGAUUUAUCUAUCUCAUAUACGGCCUGAUAUUGCAUUCGCCGUUAGUGUG